GUACACUCAGAGCGCACAAUGGCAGAAAAGAUAGACAUGAAGGGGAAGGCAUCCAACGGAGAGGCGCAUCUCGAUGAGCAGGUAGCCAACGGAUUCGGCCACAAGAAGUGUUCCAACGAGACAACGGCAGAGAAAAUCAAGAGGCUAGUCAUGGCCAACUUGCUGGUGAUUCUCACCGUGGCCGGGGUGAUCAUCGGGGUGUUCAUCGGACUUGGUGUGCGCCACAUGGAGCUGAGCAGGACACAGGUCCUCUACGUGGGCUUCCCUGGCGAGCUGCUCAUCCGGCUGCUGAAGAUGAUCAUCAUCCCCCUGGUCGUGUGCAGUCUGGUGUCCGGGUCGGCCAGCAUCGACCCCAAAGCCCUGGGCAAGCUGGGCGGCUGGGCCAUGCUCUUCUUUUUGGUCACCACCUUAAUUGCAUCAGCCAUCGGGGUGAUCAUGGCGUUCAUCAUCUCCCCCGGAUCAAACACCGGCUCCAAGCCGAUUUUGUCGGAUGACGGUGAGCUGCCUCAGGCCAAAGAAGUGGUGGACUCAUUCUUGGACCUGAUCAGGUGAGAUUCAAAUGUCUGGCAGUGUCGGUGACUUAGGCUAAGCAAAAGGGGUAGACAGGCUGAUUUGGCAUCUAGCCAUUGGGGGGUAGUUCACUGAAGUGGCGGCGCGCGUGCCUUGUUUUGUCCCCAUCCUUAUUUGUCACAAUGACAAAGUGCUCACACGUGGCAGACCUCCCAGCCAGCAGCAAGCUAACGAGGCCACUGUUUGAAUUGAGUGGGGCUGAUUUGGAUGUUGCUUUGUUACCCCAAAUUAGGCAUAAAUUCCAACAUAUAUAUUAGAAAACCGAGCCAAGCAGUCUGACUGCACGUGGUCUUGAAAAUGUUAGUCAGUGCUCUCAUGCUGGGUCAGUACAAAUAAGGUCUCUUAAGUUUUGACUGUCAGCCCUUCUUUCUGGGACUGUUGGCGACAUGCGCGCCAUCCAGUUUCAUUAAAGGCACAGUUUCCCCAACCGGCCGGGGUUCCCUUUGCCGUGCGCCCAGAAAAGAAGGUUGCAUGCCUCGGUCAAGACCACACACCGUGGCAUCAUAGCGAGACAGUUGAGAAGGUCACAAUGUGCUAGCUAUGCUAACCAGCCAAUUAUUUCCUCGUGCUGUAACGUCCUCGUGCUGUAAUGUAGGGGAGUAGCUGCAUCAACUCAAGAUGCAGCCCGUUAAUUUGCGAUGUGUGUUCAGUGUCUAAAGACAGAUGGCGUGUCUUGACCGGUCCCCUCUUGUCAUUCCAACCCUGGAUCAUCAGAAAACAUCACCUGUUUAGCCUACAUGCGCAAUAUUAUGUAACACAUGUAUGUGCUUAGUUUAGCUUCAUGUUUCCACUAAUACACGUGUAGGAAACGUUGAAUAGUGCGUCGUUGUGGGUGUGGGCGGUAGUUCUGAGUAUGUUGUGGGCUGGCCCCUUUCGGUCUGGGACGGCCCCUUUCGGUCUGGGACGGCCCCUUGUAUUACCAAAAAGGGGCAUUACAAAACGUUCCAGCCACGUGUUUUUAGGCACAGACGAGGAAAGAUGUCUUGGACAGUCCGUUCUUUCUUGGUUUACCACACUUUGGCAGACUUUAAAAAAGAAUAAUUCUGAGACCGCAUUGUCCAACGAAAUGAUUGCACAGUUGUUGCUUGUAGCACACAUUCCUGAAAAAUGUGACAACCUCAGUGCUCCAAGAAAAAAAAAACUAUAAUCAGAGUACGUUUUUCCAUUACUAGGGGUGACAUGUUUACUAAGAAAUACAUGUCAAUAAUAGUCAUUGCAACCUACUGUUCUACAUUACCUCUGUCUUGCCAGUCAAUGAACAGUAAGUUAAAUGGAAGUUCAAACAAUCACUGCGCAAAAUGAUUAGCAUUGCUUUAUUAUGGUUUGUGGUCUAGGUUUUAGAUUGUAAUACAACUAAUGUACACUUCUGCUGCUUUGGUGCCUUAAAAGGCUCUCAAGCAUAAUGCAAUGAGCAAAGUCAUUUUGCCUGGCAGGGAGAAAAUAAUGUAUUCUAAAUAUAGAGAACCGGCGUUAGUUGGGGAAUGUGUGUGUCUCUAACCACUCAUCUUUUGUGCCUCACAUACUGUACAAACUGACUGACCCUGAUCAUACUCAUACACACUCUCAAUGAAACCUCACCAUGUAGUUGGAUUUAGAAAGGAAGUGAUGAGCAGUUGGUCACCAGAGCCUCAUGUUGGCACAUACUCAAAAUAUAUUAAGAAUGUGGCAAAGUCAGUGGCAUUCUGCCGUGAGCCCUUACUACAACAGAACUGAUAUCGUGUUUUAAACCAUCUCAGUACACUGAUGUUCCAAAGCAUCAGGUUGCGUUACAUAGUUACCCAUGACAGUGACUGUUGACAGGAAAUACUAAACUGUCAAAACGUAAUUUGUGCAUGUGUCACAAAUACCAGCACCAAAGACUCAUCAUAGGCGAGGGGAGUCAUGCUAGCAUAAGAAGCUGGCAACCAUGUGACCAAACUCCCCCCUGCCCACCGCUCUGUACCUAGAUCAGGUCAUUAGGCUAGAUUAGGCCUACUAGUUAGGAGUUUUAAAACCUAAACAUCUUGCCAAUCAUUUAGCCUAUCACAUGUUAUGCAACAAUGAGAUAGGAAAGAAUGGCCUAUUCUCCAGGGCUUGAACUGAACUAAAAGACCCUGUGUUUUCAGUAGGAUUAGAAACUUGACUAGACCGUGCUCUAUCUACAGAGAUGUCAUUUUUUGUGUGCGCUCUCGGCUUUUCACCAUAAAAAGAGCCACUCUCAGGGUAUUUACAUUAAUUUAAGGCCCAGUCGUCACACAACCUUAAUUAGGCCUAUGUCUGUUGCUUUGGGUUUAUAAAGAGAAGCGUGUGUAGUGUCUCUAAAUUGAAGCCAUGCAGCCAGUCAGUCAGUUGCUCUGUUCCUCCUGGUCCAGCAUUAUGGGCGACCUCUAAACCUAAAAAUGAAUUGUGAUGGUGAAAGUCAUAGGCUUCUUUCCAAAAUCCCUCUCAGCCACCUGCUAGUCCAAACCCCUAGGUCCCAGUCCAGGAAAACCCCCUAAAUACAUUUCAAACAGUUAAAGCCAGAUUACACAGGUGGGGGUAUUGGGGUAAUGAAUAUUGUUUAAUUUAUAAUCCUUCUAUAAACGGAUUGUAAUUCCUUCGCCCAUAGUUGUCAUUAUGAUUUAGUAACUCGCUCUUGCAUAAUACGAUCUACAAGUUGAAACCGUGGUCUCCUUCCAAAUCCAACGCAUAAGGAAUCCAUUUUGAUCUUUAAAAAAAUAGAAUUAGGCUUUCUUGGAUGCGUGUUGGAUGCGCCUGGCUCUCGGCAGGGAAUCAAUGAGAAAGGUUGUCUGUCUCGUGUGGACACACUUACACAUAUAGGUCACAAAGGAUGGUGGUUAAUUGUGCAGCUUGCGUGACUCGUGGCUCAUUAAAGCGACCACUCUGUCGGGGUCCCGUUUUGGCAACAGCAGCGCCGGGCCGAGGAGCGGUUCACUACAGCGGAAACAAGGAGCCCUUUUUAAAGCAUGCACGCUCGCACACUCUUUCACUCCCUCCUCUCUCACCUCCAUUCUCUCACACUAACACAAUAUUACAAAAAGUUGUGACGUGGCAGGUACUAUUAGUUACAAAUGACCUCUAACUUACCGGCUUAAACCAAUAGGUUAAAUAAAGGUAAUAAACCAACUGAAGAGGAACAAGGCAUCACAUUUCCCUACCUGGUGCGAAAUCCCCUCCCUCCCUUUCAAGUCCUUGUAUACUUUGCUUAUCUUAUCUCCACAGGAGGUUGGUGGCACCUUUAAUUGGGGAGGACGGGCUCGUGGUAAUAGCUGGAGCGGAAUUUGUGGAAUGGUAUCACACAUGGUUUCCAUUUGCUCCGUUCCAGCCAUUUUAUUAUGAGCCGUCCUCCCCUCAGCAGCCUCCACUGCUUUCAUCCGUUUGCUUUCCCACUUGUCAGUUCAAUGCUUCGUUCACAGGUGCCCCUAUGCAGGCUGUGUUGUACCACCUGUUUGUUUACUGGUCAAGGUUUGAUGUGCCAAUAACUAAUUUACAUAAAUGACUGGUAGUGUUGGUCUUCAGUUAAAAGGAGGCCCUUCGCUCUUACUGAUCUACCUGCAAGUCAUUGUCUGUCCCUUUUGACUUAUUAGUCUAACCCUGAGACUAAACACAGAGACAAACAUACAGGACAAUGGACCAUAGCUGUUAAAUGUAGAUGGCAUUAAGAGCUAGAGAGAAGGACGGUACUACAAUUCACUCGAUUUGAAUGGGAUAAUUUUAAAUGCUUUGGGACAAAAGAACGGGUCUGCAGGAACAAAGAAAGGUGGCCGUAAAGUAUCAGGUGUGUCACAUCAGCCAUCCUCUCUGUCCCCCUCCUGUGACAUGCCUCUACAGCUCUGUCUCUGUGGCAUGCCUCUACAGCGCUGUCUCUGUGGCAUUUGGCUCGCCUCCCUAAAGCAGUAUUUCAGGAGUGACGGAGAGGGUGUCUACUAUCUGCGUCAGUUAGCCACGUACAGCCAGGAGGGACCCAUGGGUUCUCAUUGGUCUAGAGAGGGCGAAGACGGGGGCGUUUUCACACUGGUAUGUAAGUAAGGUGCUGCUGCCAUGGUUACCACCUUUCACACGCAGAUCCGGUUUGACCAAGUAGAGGCGGUCUCAGGUGAACACGGGGACAUAAAAGCGACGUGUCAACACUGAAUUGCAGAGGUCUACACCACCCAGGAUGGUGUAAAUCCAACACACCUACCACCACACUUCGCGUGUACCAAGAAGAUCAGGCAGGGUGUGGUGUGUAAUUAUGCUAUUUUUGGACCCUGACAGACAGGAGUUACUAUUUUAAAGGAGUGCUGCUGUUGCAUAUUCACAGUAGUUUAGCGUUCCUGGACAGAGUUUCGCUUUGAGAGGAGGGAGCGUGUCAAUUAGGGAUCUCUGUAGGACUGGGGUAGAGAAGGAACAAGGCAGUGACUUACUAAAUACGAAUGCAGAGAAUGUCAGGACUGGAGAAACGGGAAAUGUCUGAAACAAGAGAAGCCACAAAAUGUGUCUUAUUUACAUUUACAUAUUAGUCAUUUAGCAGACGCUCUUAUCCAGAGUGACUUACAGUUAGUGAGUGCAUACAUUAUAUAUAUAUAUAUAUAUAUAUAUAUAUAUACAUGACAGAGCCUGGAUGAGCCUUUUCCUUGGGUCUUUGGCAUAGAUACCGCUGCCACACAUAAUGUUUUUGUGUUUGUUUUAGGGUUUGUCUGUACAUGUCAAGGGGGGUGUAUUAGGCCUAAAGGUGCAGCCCUAUUUGCGUUCGCUUUUUCCGUCUGUGUAUUCCAACCGUCACCCAUUGUUCUUGCGUCUAGCCUUGGCUAUGUUAAUUUAGCUUUAAUGCAUUGGGUUGUCAUGACACUGCAUACCACGGGGCGCCAGUAUGAAAAAUGUAUGCACUCACUAAUUGGAAGUCGCUCUGGAUAAGAGCGUCUACUAAAAUGUAAAUUGGAUCAUGAAGUAUGAAAAGGGAAAUGGAGGGUGUAGGUGGAGUCAGCUGGUUACUAAAUCUAAACCGAGAUGUGAGUUUUGGGCAGGCAGACGGUUGCGCUGCUCGGAGCGUCUGAUGAAAUCUGACAUCCACGUUAACGUCACUGCUUCCUGUUUCUGUGGAACCUUCACUACCAGCGAGAGAGGGUUCUAGAGAGGGCAUUUCCUUUCCCUGUUUGACCAAGACCUGCAACAACCAUGGAAAUGGAGUUUUGAAUUGACAGGGUUUGUUAGACUGAUACACGUCACCUUCCUAGAAAUGUGGUUUACGGGCAACUUCUACCUCGAGUCAUUCUAUCCUCGGUCACAUGGUGCGACCGUUUAAUCCCACAAUGCAUUGUUUCCUGUCCCGCAUGUAUUCAGGUCAGAAAGAGAUGCAGGAUAAAAACAUGAAAGAAGUUAAUCCCUUAUUACUCUAAAUCCAUAUGGAGGUUGACUAAGAGGGAAGGGUGGGGGUGGCUUAGUGCUCUGAGGAGAGUUGGCCACUAUGUUCGCCUAUAUGUGGCUUUGAGGGGCAGUGGUGGUACAGUAACUCCACUGACGUGUGUCUGUGUACUGUAUUGUAGAGCAGUAAUCUGCCCACCCCUCUCGGGAGGUCUGGAUUUGGGCCUGUAAUCCCAGCAGCAGCAGUUUUGGGGGCAGUUGGAGGAUUAAAACACUGAAAUGCUCCCGCUAUUUCCACAUGACAGAACUCGUGGUUGGCUCCCUCGUGAGGCGUCGGUGCCAAGGUUAUAGGCACCGAGUUCGCAUAAAGGAAUCCUGAAAAGAUGGCUUAGAAGUUAGAACAAGGAGUUCAGUUAGUGGUUGUAUCCCGUGGGUUGUUACCUUUAGUCACAGACCUUGGAUCAGUUUACCCAAAUUCCAUUUUUGAAAUGAUUAAAUUAAUUAUAUAUAUAUAUAUAUAUAUAUAUGAUUUUAAUUUAUAAAUGCCUCUUGAGUUUCUGAUCAUCGCAAUGUCACUGUCAGCACAGCUGGUGCCUGUGUAGUGUACUGAAUAUGUCUCUUGUUCUCUCUCACAGAAACAUCUUCCCCUCCAACUUGGUGUCUGCAGCUUUUCAGUCUGUGAGUAUCCUCUUAUACCACACAUAUGAUAGAAAGAGAGGCAGAGAGAAACCGAGACUUAAAGGAAUAAUCUACUCAAACUAUCUUUUGGCAUUUUCUUGCCAUUAGUCCACUGUUGAUACAGUCCCAAAAUGUUUUGCAUGUCAGCAAUCAAGUUUUCAAGAUAUAGGACUUUCAAAAAGCAAAUUGUAAUUUACCACAUGAUGAAAAACGCAUCAUCAUGAUGAUGUGGCAAGUUACAAUUUGCUUUUUGAAAGUCCUAUAUCUUGAAAACUUGAUUGCUGACAUGCAAAACAUGUUGGGACUGUAUUAACAGUGGAUUACUGAAACAAAUACACACAAAAAAACUAUGUUGGUGUUAUUCCUUUAAGGCUUUUUUGGAAUCCACAUAAUUAGUUAGUUGAACAGAACAUGUCUUGCAUCAGUGUACUAAUGAAAUAUUUUCCUCUGUCUGCAGUAUGCUACCAGCUACAAGUUUGUGACCAAGAAUGGCACUAAUGGCUUGCCCAACAUCACAGUUGAGAAGGUGAGUCGACUUAAAUGGCAAAAUGAGUUGGAAAUCUGUAUAGGAUGUCACAUUUGACUUUCUAAUACCUAUGGCUGUUGACAGUUUGAAUGUGUCUAAAAUGCAUCACUCACGCUGACCAGAGUUAUUGUGUUGUGUGUGUGUGUAUCUAGGUUCCCUUUGGCACAGACCAGGACGGUAUGAACAUCCUAGGACUGGUGGUGUUUGCCAUGGUGUUUGGUGUAGCCCUGAGGAAGCUGGGAGAGGAGGGAGAGAUCCUCAUCAAGUUCUUCAACUCCUUUAACGAGGCCACCAUGGUUCUGGUGUCCUGGAUCAUGUGGUAAGGGAGUCGUUUCCCCAACAGCACUGUAGGGAAUAGAUCUGGGUGUGGGAGAGGAUACACGCAUGAUGUAUGAGUUUUGCCACCCCGCGUUUAUCUUUCACAUGUCAACUCGUAAUUGUUAUAAUAAUAAUAUGGUAUUUAAGUAGGGUUUUUUCAAGGACCCGAAGUCACUAAUUGUUGUUGUAUUGGUACUUGCUUCAUAUGUGGUAAUAUUGAUGCAUAUUAUUUGUUUUUAUUGUAUUUGUACUUUUAUUGUAUUUGCAUCUUUACAAAUUCAUAAGGGUAACCCACCUCUCCCUCCUCCCUCUCUCCAGGUAUGCCCCCCUUGGUAUCAUGUUCUUGGUGGCAGGGAAGAUCGUGGAGAUGGAGGACGUGGGAACGCUGUUUGCCAGCCUGGGCAAGUACAUAGCCUGCUGUAUCAUCGGCCACUCCAUCCACGGCCUGCUGGUCCUGCCAGGCAUCUACUUUAUCAUCACCCGCAAGAACCCCUACACCUUCCUGUGGGGCAUCUUCACAGCUCUGGCCACAGCCUUUGGAACCUGCUCCAGGUACUGUUGUAGUCACUAGAUCACCAUGCUAGAGAGGAUGGUAAUCCUUAAUUGCUCUUAUACCAAUGUUGCUCUUAUGCCGUACCAAAAAUGCUAAACUCCAUUACUAUGCAGUUCAAAUACAAUUAUUCAAGUACUAUGUUACCAGUGCAAAAGUGUUACAGAGAAGAGAAACAUUGGUAAUUAUGUCAGAACUGAUGGGCAUAAUUUACGGCUAGAGCUCUCACACACACACACACUCAUGCUCACUCUCAGCUCUGCCACCCUGCCGCUGAUGAUGAAGUGCGUGGAGGAGAAGAACGGCGUGUCGAAGCACAUCAGUCGUUUCAUCCUGCCCAUCGGGGCCACAGUGAACAUGGACGGUGCAGCGCUCUUCCAGUGUGUGGCUGCAGUCUUCAUCGCUCAGCUCAACAACAUCCCACUAAACUUCAUCCAAGUCUUCACCAUCCUGUGAGUCACGCUUUCUCUAGUCAGUUUGAUUCGAUUCAGUUUGAUUCAACUGUUGGGUAAAGCGGCGCAAAUUCAAAUGUAGUAGCUACAGUAUAUAUACAAAACAAACUUGUGUAAAGUUUGGGUCAAACUUGCUAGGCUGAGUUUUAGGAAACACUGUGCUCUUGAGUGGCUAAUUCUCCCCAUGUCCCACCCCCUCUGUCAGAGUGACAGCCACAGCGUCUAGUGUGGGAGCAGCAGGGAUCCCUGCGGGGGGUGUGCUGACACUGGCCAUCAUCCUGGAGGCAGUGGGACUGCCCACCAACGACAUCUCCCUCAUCCUCGCUGUCGACUGGCUCGUGUGAGUACCUCAUGUUUACUGCAGUUCCUCUAUAAUACUGUUUUAUAUAUAUAUAUAUACACAUAUGUGUCAUAACAGCCAUGACCAUUUGUGUCUGCUUCACACACUUGACAUAGCAUUGACAUGACAUAGUUAUGGAUGCGAUGAAAAACUUGGGUUUGACUGGUUUAACCGUGAUUGGACCAUUUCUCUGUUUCCAGUGACCGUACCUGCACCGUUCUGAACGUGGAGGGCGACGCCUUCGGAGCCGGGCUGCUGCAGUGGUACGUGGACCGCUCUGCCAAGCCCGAGGAGGGGGCGGAGCUAAGUGAGGUAAAGAUGGAGGAUGACAAGCCCGCUCUGCAGGAGCAGGAGCCCCUCAUCGAGGAGAAGAAGAGCAGGGGUGCGGGCGGCGAGAAGGCGGCAGCUCGCAUCUCUGAGAACGAGUCGGUCAUGUAG